GUGUUAGUGUGUGAAUUUGGAGGGGAUGCUGCACAAAAGUGGAUGGUCAGCAGUCCUUCCAUUUGUACUGUGAAAUAAUUUGCAACACGUUCAAUUUAUAUGCAUAAGGGAAAAUCGGCCUGCAUUCUCGUAAUAUUUUAACUCUGAAAUGAGUGAGCAUUAAUUACUGCCCUUUUUAGAUUUCAUUAAACAUAAUAUAUCACAAAAUAUAACAAUGUAUAGUUUGAUCAUGGCAGCCUAUGUGCAUUCGUUGUUGUAUUCAGUGUAUGAAUUGCGCAUGCAGUGAAUGCAUACAUUGUAAAGUGUACAAUGUAGGACAGACAGACAGACGGAUAGACGGAUAGAUAGAUAUGUCGGGCGGAAGGAAGAACUGAUGGAGGUGGGUGUGUCUCUGUGGAGCAGUGACGUGUGGAUGCGCAUGCGCAUGGUGUCUCGCCGCUGUUCCCUGGCCUGUCAAUAGCAGCAGGCGGAUGAAACGUAGGCAAGCAAGUGAAUCGGGUGAGGUCAUGUGUUUUUAAGGCGCCCAGCGGACUCAAUCAGUCUUUACCGGCGGGACAAGCGCACAGCCCGCUGCACCAGAACGUUCGAGCGGCUCGUAGCACCGCGGAGAUCCACGUUAGGGCUUCCACGGCCGAGAGGACAUUUUUGGAUGCCCAGAGAGCAGUGAUCGAACAUUUCGCCAUGAAUAAAAACAAGAAAGAGAAGGAGUUCUACAGCCUCGACGUGGGAGACUCGACGUUCACGGUGUUAAAGCGAUACCAGAACUUAAGACCUAUUGGGUCAGGAGCACAGGGAAUUGUGUGCUCUGCUUACGAUCAAGUCCUUGAGCGAAACGUGGCUAUCAAGAAGUUGAGCCGACCCUUCCAGAACCAGACGCAUGCUAAGAGGGCAUUCAGAGAGCUCGUACUCAUGAAAUGUGUUAAUCACAAAAAUAUCAUCGGCUUAUUAAAUGUUUUCACACCCCAAAAAUCUUUAGAGGAGUUUCAAGAUGUUUACUUGGUAAUGGAGCUGAUGGAUGCCAAUCUGUGCCAGGUCAUUCAGAUGGAGUUGGAUCAUGAGAGGCUGUCUUAUCUGCUGUAUCAGAUGUUGUGCGGUAUUAAACACCUCCACGCCGCCGGCAUCAUUCACAGGGAUCUCAAGCCUAGCAACAUUGUGGUGAAGUCAGACUGUACUCUGAAGAUUUUGGACUUUGGCUUGGCUCGAACAGCUGCCACGGGUCUCCUCAUGACGCCUUACGUGGUGACGCGAUAUUACAGAGCGCCAGAAGUCAUCUUGGGCAUGGGCUAUCAAGCCAAUGUGGACAUUUGGUCUGUUGGCUGCAUACUGGCUGAAAUGGUUCGCCAUAAAAUCCUUUUCCCAGGACGGGAUUACAUUGACCAGUGGAACAAAGUCAUCGAGCAGUUAGGCACACCAUCUCAGGACUUCCUCAUGAAACUGAACCAGUCUGUUAGAACGUACGUGGAAAAUAGGCCACGCUACGCUGGAUACACCUUCGAGAAACUUUUCCCCGAUGUUCUCUUCCCUGCUGAUUCCGAUCACAACAAACUGAAAGCGAGCCAAGCGAGAGACCUCUUAUCUAAGAUGUUAGUGAUCGAUGCCUCCAAGCGCAUAUCUGUAGAUGAGGCCCUACAGCACCCCUACAUCAACGUUUGGUACGACCCAGCUGAAGUGGAGGCGCCACCGCCCAAGGUUCUUGACAAACAGCUUGAUGAGAGGGAGCACACUGUGGACGAGUGGAAAGGGCUGAUCUAUAAGGAAGUGAGUGACUGGGAGGAGUGGUCCAAAAAUGGAGUAAUCCGCGGACAGCCAUCACCUCUAGGUGCAGCAGUGAUCGAUAGCCCCCCUCAACCUUCUGCCUCAUCCUCAUCUUCCUCCUCCUCCUCAGCCAAUGAUGUGUCAUCCAUGUCCACGGAGCCCACUGACCCUAGCAGCGAUCCCACGGUGACCUCGGAAACAGACAGCAGUCUGGAUAGCCACACCUCUCUCGGUGCUCUGGCGUGUUGCAGAUAACACACCCAUGCAUGCACACACACACAUUGAUUCAAGCGUAACCUUUCAUCAAUGCACCUUACAGUGUUUGAGAUGGGAGGUUUUCUAGGCAAAUGAAAGUUCUCAUAUUAGUUUGUAGAGUUGCGAUUUCAAUGUACAGUUUGUUGUUAUUGCCCGAUACUACUGUAAAUGAUUGUGGUUUUAAAUUGUAUCAUUCUUUUUGUAUUUUUGCUGCAAAAAUAUCAAGAGUAUGUUUUGAUGUGAUUGUAAUGAAAGUGAGGCGUCUGAAUUUUCCCAUUGUUUUUUAGCUCCAGUGAGAUAGCGCACUGCUUGUUAUUUUUUUAAUAUUCCUUCAAUGCUAUUGCAGGAUUUUCUCGUUUUUUUUUGGGAAGGUGGUGGGGAGACAUUUGAAUGAAUCCACUAUUAAGUAAAGAACUUGUUUUUUUAAUGUGGAUAUUAACACAUACUUGCUUUUUCUUAAGAUCCUUAUAAUUUUCCUUCAGUUUACCAUGUAACUAAUUUAUCAACAGUUUGUUAGUUAUUGUUUUUUUUGUUGUUUUUUUUUUACUGCAGGCUACUGUAAAUUUAACCUAUUUACUUAUUCAGCUGUAAUUUCUCCGUGAACAGGGUGAAUGUAAAUCCAAUUUAUGGCAACACACUCAUUUGAAAAUUAGUCUGUAAUUAUAAAAUGGAGCAUUUUUGGGGGACAUUGCUCAUAUGCGCAUGGAUUUCUGGUAUUUCCUAUAUUAUUUAAGUGCCCUUACUUAGUUCACUUUUUUCCCCCUCCAAGUUCUCUCCGUGGCAGAGUUUAUUUCUACCUCUCAGACAACUACACUAAACUACUCACACACACAAACACACACAUCUUUGACAAUGGAGUGUGCAUAACACACAAACGUUGAAGAUUUACGUGUUCUGUAUAUAUUAUUUAUUUAUUUAUUCCAAAUGCAAUUGCAUUUGUUGUAUGUAAUGUACAUGUAGCUCCAAAGUGCUGUUUCCAAUGCAUUUUUCCCCUGUAUUUCAUUGCAUCGUUUUCUGUGAAAUACAAUUGGUAGACUAGUCAAUGGGAUGUACAUUACUCUAGAUGUACUGUGUGUAUGGGAGUUAGCAAUCAAGUCAUUUUCAGGCCUCCACGGUCGUUCCCUUUAGAUGUGUAUGAUGACUCAAGGGUCCCAGUGUGUGUCAUCUUUACAAUGAUCAUGUUUGGGCACUCCAAGCAGUAACCCCACUUUCUCCCAGAAUGCACUCGGGGAUGGAAAUGCAUGUCUUCGCACUUUCUGGGCCAGACCUUAAAUAUCUGUUAUGGCGGCCUCUUUUGUGGUUUUCCUCUCCUUACCACUAACUAUAAAGUAGUUAUUACACAUUGGACAAAGUGUAGGAACAAAAAGGGCCAUUCAGCAUUACUGGGAAGAUGUGUCAGUCUUCUGGUGGGUUGUAAAGCACUGGAGACAAAAUAUUAAACCUGUUUUUUUUUUUUUUUUAAUGGACAACUGUAUGGAGCUGUUACCGUACGAUACAUUAAAAAGGCAAAACUGCACCUUCAACUCGAGCCAAUA